UUGUUUAAUGUUCGGUGACCAACAAGAACAAAAUAAUGCAUCUUAUAUAUAUUUAUAUAAAUAUAUACAAAAUUAUAGCUUAUUACUGAUUUUUACAAAUCAAUAGCAUAUGAAAUAACUUUUCUAUUAUUUAUUUAAAUAAGAAUACUUCCAGAAAAAAAUCAAUACUGUAUAAUUAUUAAAUUAAAUAUGAAAAAAGUUAAUGAUGAGCAUCAUGCACUUUACGAAACUCGAUCAUUGACAACACGAGAGUGCACUCACAAGCUUGCAAGCCAAUUAUGCAAACGAACACUCAAUGCGUUAUCAAUGCGCAUCCAGCAGAAUAAGUUGCUCACCCAAUCAGCAAAACAAUAAUAACUCAAACUUACAUCUGCAGUUAAAAUCCAGUUCCAGCAGUGUUCAAUAAGUUUCUGGAUUGUACAGUACAUCUUCACCAGCUUUAAAAAUAUUGCAUUAAAGCGCGGAAGAAACGUGAAGAAAAGAAAGUGUUUCUUAAUAAAAAUUAAAGUGACCUCUCUAAUAGAUAAUUUUCUACUCAAAUACAAGCAGAUACAAUAAAAUAUAUUUUUGUUGUAAUUUAAAUUAAGUUUCAAUGCCAAUAAUAAGAAGAGUCACAUUAAAGGAAGAAAUGGAAAAAAAUCCUGAAUUAAAAUUAUCCGAUAUACAAUCAUUGAAAGAGUGGUGCGAGAAACAACCACAUUUGCCAAAAAUUGAAGACAGCUUUCUCGCCUUGUUUCUUCACAGCAAUUAUUAUCAAAUGGAACCAACGAAAAAUACAAUAGAGAAUUAUUACACGACCAGGACGCAUGUAUCAGAAAUAUUUUGUAAUCGGGAUCCGCUCGAGGAAAAGAAAUUACGACAAGCUUUCAAAGUUACGACCAAUUUUCCUCUAAAUGGAGUAACGAAGGAUGGCUACAAGAUUAUAUAUUCAACAUUUCUGGAUGGUGAUUCUUCUCACUUUAACUACAAUGACUACCUCAAAUAUGUCCAUAUGUUAUACGAUAUAUUUCUUCUGACGGAUGGUACAAACAACGGUUAUGUCAUUGUCUUUGAUGCUAGUAAAGUGUCUUUCGGUCAUGUCGCGCGAACAAGUCCGUUGGCAUCCAAGAAAAAUUUUUAUUACAUCCAAGAGGCAUCGCCAAUACGUUUAAAGGGAAUCCAUGUUAUAAACGUACUACCUGCCAUGGAAUUCUUCAUGAAUAUUAUCAAACCAUUUAUAAAGAAAGAACUGAUAAACAUGAUACAUUUUCAUUCAUCGUUGGAAAACCUUUCUAAAUACAUACCGGUAGAUGCGCUGCCGAAUGAGAUGGGUGGAAAAGGAGGUUUUACACGAGAAUUAGCCGAUAUUCAAAUAAAGCGACUCGAGGAUUAUCGUGAAUGGUUCCUGCUGGAUGAAGCAACCGGACGCGUUAACGAAGCGUUGAGAAUUAGCACACCAAAAAAAGAGUCUUGUUGCAUUAGUUAGAAGUUUAGCAGAUUUAACCAGUACGUCUAUUCAAAGUCGGACAAAACAAAAAUUUUGUAGAAGUUAUCAAAUUAUAAAUAAAAUUUAAACGUUUUGAUUACAUAA